AACUUAUCUACACAUUAUAAGUACACACAAGUUUUACGCUGACGUUUAUAAGGUGUUCUACUUAUUAAUGUACAUCGAGACAGCCAGCGGUGACAGCCUAGCACUCCCUUUCCCAACGCGACGAGGAGGGCACAAAGGGCUUCGAAAUCAACCAUAGUAUACAGAAAGCAUGACCCUUAUGCUCUCGAAUAGUAUCAGAAGAGACAUAGUUAGCAAAUCCGAGAUGCCCGUGGAGGUGGUGACACAGUUCGCACUGGACGGAACGGUAGCUUCUGACAAUAUUGAGCGCACGCCGAUAGAUGGAGACGCUACUCAAAAUGAGAUGCAUAUAGAUCAUAGUCGGGCAAUAACCGAGAAACACAGUUUACAAACACACCCAAGAGAACCAGCAGGGCAAGAGAGUACAGACGUGAGAGACACUGUUGGUGUACAGACCGAUACGCAAACGCAGCCACAAAUAGAAAUUGAACGAACUAUCUCAGACAAGAGGGACAAUGCUGACACACACAGCCCAAUCGGCACUUCACCGCCAACAAAACAACAAGAACAGCAGUGCGAAGGAGCUUCUCCCAUAUUGCAACCCACAGCGUCACAGGCUGAAACAGAUGGAGAUACACUGGACACUGGUUGUAGCUCUGUGGAAACUGUGCUAUCUGUAUGCGUAGACGUGAAUUGGAGCACGGCGUUAGUCACAAACACGAACAUGGGUGAGGCUAACACACACGAGAUGAGCGAUACACCGCAUGCCACACAAGAAGUUGGAUCGGUCCCCGAAAUAUCCGUGAACGUGAAUACCGCUGAGCAGAAAACUAGUGCAGAGACUGCGGUUGAACAGACGAAUAUAGAUACGACGCUCACGAACAACGACAACAAGGAUGAAGCAGAAGCUGUAGUCAAGGAAACUGACAAUAACACAGUGGUGCCUCUCAUGAAUAUUAAUGAAACUACGCACGAUACCACUUCUGUACCCGCAAUUGAAACUACAAGUACCCAACAGUCAUCGCUAGAUUCUGCACUGAACACUGGUUUAGUAGAAAGCAAUGCCGAUGAGCCGAUAGUUGACGAUGUUAAACACACUACUGCAGGUGAGGGUGCAAGUGAUAGUGUCGAGGCUACUAAAGAUAGUAAGAAAGAAGUUGAAGCUGAAUUACACACGGACGAGACAGGCGAUAAAUCUAUCAGGCAACGAGAUGACUCGAAGCCGGUAGACACAUUGAAUGCGAAGGGUCUUAGACCUAAUAGUGAGGAAGCUCGAAAUGAUGACGAAGCGGGCGAGUCUCUAGGGAAUACAUCGAGUAUGUCAGUCAUGACUACUGUCAGCACGGACGAAGCCAAUACAUUCAAAGUAAACAAGACGGCGAAGCUGGGACCCAAUAUCGAAGCUACUCGAAAGGCACGGGAACGGGAAACCAAGUGGGCUUUCAUGUUAAAAAACUGGGAAAAAUAUAGUAACUGCAAGAAAUAUCCAAAGAAAUAUGAAAAGUUACGGCAGCGGAUGUACAAGGGCAUUCCCGACUCCAUGCGCACCACGUUUUGGUCCAAAUGUUUGAUGGUGGACGCACAGAAGAAAGAGAAUUUAGGUGUUUACACCGCCUACACGAAAAGCUUAGCCGACUCUAAGGACAUCUCUCAGAUUGAUCUGGAUAUCAAUAGGACAUUCAGAGACCAUAUAAUGUUCAAAAACCGAUAUUGUAUAAAGCAACAACAUCUCUUCAACGUGCUCGUGAGCUACUCAUUACACAAUCCCGAGGUAGGCUACUGUCAAGGCAUGGCAGGUAUCGUAGCUGUCCUGCUGAUGUACAUGGGAGAGGAAGAGGCCUUCUGGGGCUUAGAUGUGCUGUUCAGGAAUAGCAAGUACGACAUGCAUAACUUAUACACACCAGGCUUCCCGAGACUCAUAGAGCAGUGGGCGUUGUUCGAGGAAUAUCUACAGGGGCUGGAACCUAAAUUAUGGCAUCAUUUU